UUUAUGUCAGUGUUGUCCAUAGAGAAGUUCUUCAUCUCAGUCUCAAUAUCUCAUAAAACAUUGAUCAUCUUCAUAAAAAGUCUCAUACAUAUAUUGUAUACUCAGCACUAGCUUAAUUGAGAAAACUUGCUUUCCUUUCAAUGGCCUCAAAAAGAAUAUUGAAGGAGCUGAAGGACUUGCAAAGAGAUCCACCAACUUCAUGCAGUGCAGGUCCAGUGGCUGAGGACAUGUUUCACUGGCAAGCGACAAUUAUUGGUCCAAACGACAGUCCGUACGCAGGGGGUGUAUUUCUUGUAACCAUUCAUUUUCCUCCUGAUUACCCAUUUAAACCCCCAAAGGUAGCCUUUAGGACAAAGGUGUUUCAUCCAAACAUAAAUAGCAAUGGAAAUAUAUGCUUGGACAUACUGAAGGAGCAGUGGAGUCCGGCUCUUACCAUAUCCAAGGUUUUACUAUCGAUAUGUUCUCUGCUAACGGACCCAAACCCAGAUGACCCAUUGGUGCCUGAAAUAGCUCAUAUGUGCAAGACUGACAAAUUCAAGUAUGAAUCCACAGCUCGUAGCUGGACUCAAAAAUAUGCCAUGGGCUAGUCUCUAUCUAUAUAUAAUAUAUUCAAUAUUAAUAAUAUUAAGAGUAAACAAAUACUAUGUGUUUUAUGGAAAUAUUGACACAAUAAUAUAUGUUUUCAAUAAUAGUCAUUUGAUACUAUGUAAUUUAAAAUGAUACAUAUUUCGUAUCUUGAGGUCCAAAUCUAGUCAACAAAUUUUAUCAAUAUGACAAAUUUGUUUUUACUUAUAAAUAAUUGAAUGUGAAUCUAAAACUCAAAUAAA